UACGUGCCCUUGCUUCCGAGGUUUGUAAACCCCACAUAUUCAUUUGCCAACGCCCGGCGAAGAUACACAGAGUGACACGGCUGAGGGUUCUUGAUUUUUAGUGAAAAGUGGAUACCAACUCGUUUGAACAAUGCAAACGAUAAAGUGUGUUGUGGUUGGAGAUGGUGCGGUUGGUAAAACCUGCUUGUUAAUAUCCUACACAACAAACAAGUUCCCUUCAGAAUAUGUACCAACGGUGUUUGACAACUAUGCUGUGACAGUUAUGAUUGGUGGUGAGCCCUAUACUUUAGGGUUAUUUGACACUGCAGGUCAGGAAGAUUACGACAGAUUACGACCCUUAAGUUACCCCCAAACAGAUGUAUUUCUAGUCUGCUUUUCAGUGGUUUCUCCUUCUUCGUUUGAAAAUGUUAAAGAAAAGUGGGUACCAGAGAUCACACACCAUUGUCCAAAGACUCCUUUUUUGCUAGUUGGGACUCAGAUUGAUCUGCGUGAUGAUCCCUCAACAAUUGAAAAACUGGCCAAGAACAAACAGAAGCCCAUCACUCCAGAGACUGCAGAGAAGCUGGCCAGAGACCUUAAGGCAGUAAAAUAUGUUGAAUGCUCUGCUUUAACACAGAAAGGCCUAAAGAAUGUUUUCGAUGAAGCAAUCCUGGCAGCGUUGGAACCUCCAGAGCCGAAGAAGAAACGCAAGUGCAGGCUGCUAUGAACAUCCCAAGUCCUUCCUCACAGCUGGUGUCUGCUUCAUACUAAAAACAAUGUUUUAAAAAUUUAAGAUUCACGAAAGAUUGGUGUCUGCAAUAAUAAGAGUUCUUGCAGUCUGCACUCAGAGGGUGAGAAAGCAGGAUUUUAGCAUAUCCCCUUUACCUCACCUCCAUUAGAUCAGUGGACUAGUCCAUUAUAGCAUACUUCCCUUAUCCUCCAUUAGAGCAGUGGAGCAGUUUAUUUUAUUUUUUUUUUUUUGAUAACGAAUUCUCUGUCAUAAGUAUUACCGUACUAGUUGUGUUUUUCUAUUUUUGAAUAGUUUUACUGUUAAAGUUGGGGUGCAAGACAUUGUGACAGUGAUUUUAAUUCACUGUGGUAAUUAACUAAUAGUUACUAAAUGGGUUUUGUGUAAGCUACUUCAGAAUGCCUGGUUCAUCAGCUGCAUGUAGUAGCACUUUCUCUGUGUAGGGGGUUUUUGUCCCAGGGCUUGGCACUCAGUUUUUCCUGCCCCAUUAGUCUCCCCGUUCUGUGCCUGCAGGCAUUGCCUGGUAUGACUUGGAUUCUCCUUUGCCUGGAGAUGGUAAGUUGACACACACACAGAUUAAGUAGAUGUGAAGUGUGGUUGCUUAAUAAGGAUCUCCAUUUUAGAGGAAGUGUAGCUUCCCAUUGUUUUAAAGCUGCUAAUCUUACAGCCCCUUUGGUGGUGGUUCAGUGGAGUCCCAUGUGCCAAAAUGAUUGCAUCUAAUUGAGACCACCACCCCCUUGUAGAUUUUCCUGUAAUAGUGGGACUAGAGCAGCUACCUUUGGGUUGAUUUUUAAUUCCCAUUUUAAGAUGGGUAGCUGGGUUUUACUUUAAAGUGGUGCGGUUCCUGGAUCAGCUGCUCCUUCAGUUUGCUGUAGAUUGGGUUGUCUUUGUCAAAUCAGUUGGAAACUUUCAGCAUAAGAAUGCCCACUUCUUUUGGAAAGACGAAUGGGGUGGAGCACUGGUUUCUGGCAAUGUGGCACUUUAGGGGACCAACUUUAGGGAGGGAUUCCUUGGCAACUACAAUUAUGCAUGCAAGGAAUUGAGGCUCAAAUUCCAUAGGUUUGAGGCAUGCAGACAGUAAAUGGUUGUGUAGCAUCCAGUGUUAAUAGGGAGUUUUACCAAAAUUGUUUGCAGUUUCAUUGUGUUUUUUAAUGUAUAGGGGACUUUUUCAUCUUCACAAAUUCGUAAUUAUCAUAGUCUACUUUAUAUCAAACCAAAUGCUUUGUCUUCUGUCUCAGUUAUUUGUAUAUGCAUUCUUUUCAGAUGUAUUAAACUUAAAUUCUUUAA